ACUAUCCAUGUUGUCUACAUUGCCUCCUGUUCUUUAGUAUGUUAGUGUGCGUUUCUUGCGUAACCUAACGUGACCUUCUGUCGUACGCUUGAAGUUUGAGACAUAGUUUGGGAAGCAGCGUCAACUCUCUUGCGUCACUGAGACUGUGGAGCCCGUGCUUUACCAAAACUGAGCGCCUCGAGUAGGCUAACCCGCCCCCUCAGAGACAUUUAAACGCACUAAUUGGACCGUCUUUUUUUUCUGUAAACCAGCUCUCUUUGCUUGGAUCUAACACACCCACAUACAUGUCCCUUUCAGCUCUGUCUGAAUUAGACUGCAGGUAGACUGUGAACCUUGGGAAGACUAGUUUUACAAAUUGCGCGGCAGCAUGGCUCUGAGGCUGAUCAUCUUCUUCUCUUUGUGCUGUGCGAUACGCAGUCAAGAGACCACAGAUCAAAUCUCACUAGAUGACUGCUGUAAGGAUGGUAGAGUGAAGGCCGCAGAAUCCCAGGACUGCACACGUAUCCCUCUCAUUUCAGAAUCUGCCACAUGCAGGAUAGCCCAGGAACAGUGCUGUGCAGCGGUAUUGGAGGAUAUCACCUGUAGUAAUGGUAUCAAAAUGGCCAAAGGCCUGGGCAGCUGUGAUGCUCUCCUGUCUGGAAACACUUGUGAGACUAAAACUGCUAAGGUGUGUUGCGAGUGCUGUUUACUGGGUCGAGAGGCUCAGAAGCAGGGUCUGACCUGUGACUUCAAACUCAGCUCCCAGUGUGGCUCUGUGUUUCAAACCUGCUGUAUGGACAAAUCAGGAGAAAGUGAUAGCAACUCUACACAAGUGAACAGUGGUAUUGUUGAGGAUCAGUCAGGUUCAGGUGAACGGUGCAAAGUUGGACCUGGGAACUGUGCUCACAGCUGUAUAGGAAUCAACACCUGUGCCUGCUUUUCAGGCUAUAAGCUCAAACCUGAUGGGAAAAACUGUGAAGACAUUAAUGAGUGUUUGCUGGGCUCUCAUCACUGCCGUCCUGGUGAACGCUGUAUUAACACUCAGGGCUUGUACCGCUGCCAGAGGGAGGUCAGCUGUGGUACAGGCUAUGAACUCACUGACAGCAACAGCUGCAAAGAUAUUGAUGAGUGUGAGACAGGCACUCACAACUGUCCUCCGGAGUUUGAGUGCCAGAACACGCCGGGGUCAUUCCGCUGCCGGCCCAAGGUGCAAUGCCAUGUGGGAUUCAUACAGGAUGCUCUGGGCAGCUGCAUUGAUAUCAAUGAGUGUCUGAGUGAGACAGCACCAUGUCCAACUGGCCAGGUGUGUUUGAACACAGUUGGUUCAUACACAUGCCAGAGGAACUCUGUUAACUGUGGCCGUGGCUACCACCUUAAUGCUGAGGGCACACGUUGUGUGGAUAUUGAUGAGUGUGCUACUAUGGAUGAUGUGUGUGCUGGUCACAGCUGUAUCAACCUUGUUGGCUCUUACCGCUGCGAAUGCAGAACUGGUUUUAUCUUUAAUAGCAUCACCAGGAUCUGUGAAGAUAUCAAUGAAUGCCGGCACUAUCCUGGUCGCCUGUGUGCACAUAAGUGUGACAAUGUUCUGGGGUCCUACAAGUGCAGCUGCACCACAGGCUUCAAGUUAGCCAGUGACGGCAGGAACUGUGAUGACCUCAAUGAAUGUGAGAGCAAUCCCUGCAGUCAAGAGUGUGCCAAUGUUUACGGCUCCUACCAGUGCUACUGCCGCCGAGGCUACCAACUGAGUGACGUGGAUGGAGCAACGUGUGAAGACAUUGAUGAGUGUGCUUUGCCCACUGGAGGGCACAUCUGUUCCUACCGUUGCCACAACACACCAGGCAGCUUCCAUUGCUCAUGCCCCACUAAAGGCUACACACUUGCCCCUAAUGGACGCAGCUGCCAAGACAUUGAUGAGUGUGUGACAGGGACACACACUUGCUCAGAGACGGAGAGCUGCUUUAAUGUUCAAGGAGGAUUCAGAUGCCUGAAUUUCGAGUGUCCCCCCAACUACAGGCGCUCAGGUGAAACCAGACCAAGGGUUGAUCGCUCUGACAUCAUCCGUUGUAUAAAGUCCUGUCAACCCAAUGAUAUCACCUGUGUGCUGGACCCUGUUCACUCUGUCUCACACACUGUCAUCUCUCUGCCAACUUUUAGAGAGUUCACUAAACCAGAAGAAAUUGUUUUCCUGAGAUCCAUAACUCCAUCCCACUAUUCACAUGUGGAUUCCCCAGAGAUCGUCUAUGACAUUCAAGAGGGAAACAUCCACAACUCGUUUGACAUCAUUAAACGUUUUGAGCAUGGCAUGAUUGUGGGUGUUGUCAGACAGGUGAAGCCCCUGGUUGGCCCUUUGAGCACAGUUCUGAAGCUAGCCAUGAAUUACGUCACAAAUGGAGUCAUCUCUCAUCGGAACAUCGUCAACGUUCACAUCUAUGUCUCUGAAUUCUGGUUUUAAAUAGACCACACCUAGCUAUCAUUUAGAUGUCUAUUUUUGAGCCUUAAAUAUGCACUCUAAAAUUGUCAAAAUGCUUGCAUGUCACAAGAUUAUACAGAGUAUAAUAAUAAUAGGUAAACCUUUAUUUUGAUUAUGUAGUUUAGACUGUCUAUAAACUGUCAUGAAGCAGCGUAACAUAUCUGUAUGUUAACAGUAUGUCAUAAACAGUAUCAAUAGAGUCCACAUGGACAGGAUCUGAAAUUGGGUGAGAACUAGAGAUGAGUUGCUAUCAAUAGAUGAUCUGAACAUCAACUACCAUUUAUUGGAUUAUCUAGAUAAAAUGAAAGCAAAAUACUAAAUGCGAUAAUCUAUAGAGUGCGUAUAGAUUAUCUACUAAACAAUAACAACCAUAAACUCCUGACUUCUUGUUGAGAAUUUGUUGAUAGCCUCAUUCUUCAGAGUCAAUCUGCAAAGCAGUCAUUUGUCACGGAUUUGUAUAAAUUAGUCUUACUCAGUCUGCAAAUGGUCACCACUUAUUUUUACAUAAAGAAAGAGUUUGCUCUAUUGCUAUUUUAUGAUCUUUUUCAUGUUUCUUGUUAUGUUGAAUUAAUUAUCAUUCAUUCAUUCAUCUUCAGUAACCACUUUUAUCCGGGUCAGGGUCAAGCUAGUUCCAGCCUAACCCAGGAACACUGAGUACAAGGCAGCACACUGAAUGGCACACCAGUCCAUUGCAGGCCACUAUGCACAAACAUUCACAAACUCAUUCACACUGAGGGGCAAUUUAACAUAGCCAAUUCACUUACUGCCAGAGAAACCAGAGGGUAUGUACACAGACAUGGGGAGAAGAUGUGAAACUUUGCACAGAUAGUAACCAGAGCUCUGAAUCAAACUGUCACCCUACAAUUAUUAUUAUUAUUAUUAUUAUUAUUAUUAUUAUUAUUAUUAUUAUUAUUAUUAUUAUUAAUUCAUAAUGCAUGCAUGUUUUUUUCUGCAUCUGUUUUGAGGAACUGGACUGAGACCCUGGGAGUUGUAAGCUUGUUUUUUGAGGCAGAUGGACCCAUGAUGCUAUUGUAUGAACAAAUAGUUGACUGUUCAUUCACUAAUUGUACACUUCUGUAUGCAACUAUUCAUUUCAUUAUGAAUGUAUCAUUAAAACAAAUGUUAUUUCAA